CUCGUGUUUGUCUGUCACAGAGGGGAGGAGGUGAUUUCUAUGCGUCGCCAUCUUUUAGAGUGGGAUUCUAGCUAGCAAGUCAGCUAGGUUAGUUUUCAGGGCAGCGAUAAGACUUUCCCUGCUUGGAAUACUUGGCGUUGUUUUUCUCCCCCUUUUCCGCCAACAAAGACAUUUAUAUUGCAUUUCGGAGAAUCAGCAGCUGUGCGGGGCUAGGUUAAAGCGAUUAAGAGAGAAUAUACGGUGUUACUGAAGCAAGAAGAUUCAAAUCUCUGCUUCAACGAUACUCUAUCCAGACAAACUGACUGCGCCCCGUUCUCAUUUGGAUGACUUAACCUUAGCUAGCUAGUUAGCUCCAUAGCUUUGGCUAACUACUUGCUAGCUACUUCGUGCGCAUUGAAUCUGGUCCCAAACCUGGCCUGUAGGACGGGUGCCCAUGCGAUCGCUCCUUCCUUCUCCCUCUCGCAGAUGAGUCAUCGGCGGGCGCUGACGCAGCGCAGUCGCACGGCCAGAUAGUCCCCGCCCCGGCGAGGAGCCGAGGCGAGCGCGGCUGCUGCGUCCGCCCCCCCCGCCGCCAGGCCCCCCUGCGGCCCCCCCGGCUCCCAGCAUGCCCUCCACCAGCCGGGCAGGGAACCUGAAGGACCCGGAGGUCGCCGAGCUCUUUUUCAAGGAGGACCCGGAGAAGUACUUUGCUGACCUCCGAGAGAUCGGACAUGGCAGCUUCGGAGCCGUAUACUUUGCACGGGACGUGCGGACGUCAGAGGUGGUGGCCAUCAAGAAGAUGUCGUACAGCGGCAAGCAGUCUAAUGAGAAAUGGCAGGAUAUCAUCAAAGAGGUCAAGUUCCUUCAAAGAAUACAACACCCCAACAGCAUAGAGUACAAAGGCUGCUAUCUGCGGGAGCACACAGCAUGGCUCGUCAUGGAGUACUGUUUAGGGUCAGCCUCAGACCUCCUGGAAGUCCACAAGAAGCCUCUGCAGGAGAUCGAGAUUGCGGCGAUAACACACGGUGCUCUGGAGGGCCUGGCCUACCUUCACUCUCACAACUUGAUUCACAGAGAUAUCAAAGCUGGAAACAUCCUGCUGACCGAGCCUGGACAGGUCAAGCUGGCGGACUUUGGCUCGGCCUCCAUCGCCUGUCCUGCUAACUCCUUUGUGGGCACGCCAUAUUGGAUGGCCCCAGAGGUUAUCUUGGCUAUGGAUGAGGGGCAGUACGACGGCAAGGUGGAUGUCUGGUCCCUCGGGAUCACCUGUAUAGAAUUAGCGGAGAGGAAACCCCCUCUGUUCAACAUGAAUGCAAUGAGUGCCUUAUACCACAUAGCGCAGAAUGAGAGCCCAACACUACAGGCUAGUGAAUGGACAGAUUACUUUAGAAACUUUAUAGAUUCAUGCCUUCAAAAACUCCCCCAGGACAGACCAAACUCUGAGGACCUACGGAAACACGCGUUUGUCCAGCGUGAGCGUCCGGACACGGUUCUGAUGGACCUGAUCCUGCGCACUAAGGAGGCGGUGCGGGAGCUGGACAACCUGCAGUACCGCAAGAUGAAGAAGAUCCUCUUCCAGGAGGCGCACAACGGCCCCGCCGCAGAGGUCCAGGACGGGGACGAGGAGUCGGAGCAUGGCGUGGGCCGGACGGGCACGGUGAACAGCGUGGGCAGUAACCAGUCCAUCCCCAGCAUGUCCAUCAGCGCCAGCUCCCAGAGCUCCUCGGUCAACAGCCUGCCCGACGCCGGCGACGACAAGAGCGAGCUGGACCUCAUGGAGGGAGACCACACAGUCAUGUCCAACAGCUCAGUCAUACACCUCAAACCCGGAGAAGAGGAGGGCUUCCGUGAGGAGGCCGAGCCCCCCCGCAGCAGGCCUCCACCUGAGGCCCAGGCGGCACCUGCACAUGCACAGCCCGUGCGGCACAAGCACAGAAACCGCGAGCACUUUGCCACCAUACGCACCGCCUCACUGGUGACGAGGCAGAUGCAGGAGCACGAGCAGGACUCGGAGCUGCGCGAGCAGAUGUCUGGCUACAAGCGGAUGCGGCGGCAGCACCAGAAGCACCUGAUGGCCCUGGAGAACAAGCUGAAGGGCGAGAUGGACGAUCACCGCCUACGCCUGGACAAGGAGCUGGAGACGCAGAGGAACAGCUUCGCCUCCGAGAUGGAGAAGCUCAUCAAGAAGCAUCAGGCCUCCAUGGAGAAAGACGCCAAGACCUUUGCCAACGAUGAGAAGAAGUUCCAGCAGCACAUUCAGGUUCAGCAGAAAAAAGAGCUGAGCAGCUUCCUGGAGUCCCAGAAACGGGAAUACAAGCUACGCAAGGAGCAGCUGAAAGAGGAGCUGAAUGAGAACCAGUCGACACCCAAGAAGGAGAAGCAGGAGUGGCUGUCCAAGCAGAAGGAGAACAUCCAGCACUUCCAGGCGGAGGAGGAGGCCAACCUGCUGCGACGCCAGCGCCAGUACCUGGAGCUCGAGUGCCGACGCUUCAAGAGGCGCAUCCUCAUUGCGCGCCACAACGUGGAGCAGGACCUAGCGCGAGAGGAGCUGAACAAGCGCCAGACGCAGAAGGACCUGGAGCACGCCAUGCUGCUGCGGCACCACGAGUCCAUGCAGGAGCUGGAGGUGCGCCAGCUGGGCACGGUGCAGAAGAUGCGGGCCGAGCUGAUCCGGCUGCAGCACCAGACCGAGCUCACCAACCAGCUGGAGUACAACAAGAGGAGGGAGAGGGAGCUGCGGCGCAAGCACGUCAUGGAGGUCCGGCAGCAGCCCAAGAGCCUUAAGUCCAAGGAGAUGCAGAUCAAGAAGCAGUUCCAGGACACGUGUAAGAUCCAGACGCGGCAGUACAAGGCACUGCGCAACCACCUGCUGGAGACGCAGCCCAAGAGCGAGCACAAGGCCGUGCUCAAGCGGCUCAAGGAGGAGCAGACGCGCAAGCUGGCCAUCCUGGCCGAACAGUACGACCACUCCAUCAACGACAUGCUCUCAACACAAGCGCUCCGCUUGGACGAGGCCCAGGAGGCGGAGUGUCAGGUGCUGAAGAUGCAGCUGCAGCAGGAGCUGGAGCUGCUCAACGCCUACCAGAGCAAGAUCAAGAUGCAGACGGACGCCCAGCACGACCGCGAGAGGAAGGAGCUCGAGCAGAGGGUCUCCCUACGCAGGGCACUGCUCGAACAGAAGAUUGAGGAGGAGAUGCUGGCGCUGCAGAACGAGCGUUCGGAGCGUAUCCGCUCCCUCCUGGAGCGGCAGGCGCGCGAGAUGGAGGCCUUCGACUCGGAGAGCAUGCGCCUGGGCUUCAGCAACAUGGUGCUGUCCAGCCUGGCCUCCACCGACGCCCACAGCCACAGCUUCCCCGGGGCCCCCGAGGGCUGGGGCAGCGGGGGCGGCGGGGGCAGCCACCCCAGCUCCCAGGGGCCCCCCUGGGGAGGCGGCGGCAGCGGCGGUGGGGGUGGAGGGGUCGGCAGCAGCGGCGCAAGCAUCAUGCACCACGGAGGCAGUCAGCACCAUCACCAUCAUCACCACCAGGGCGGCGCCAGCAGCAUCCAGCAGCAGCACCAGGCCUGGGCACACGGGCUUCCCGCGGGGGGGCCUCCUCCCUGGGGCCACCACCACCACCACCACGGCGGCGGGGGCGGUAGCCAGAGGUUGAGUGGCGGAGGCGGGGGCGGCGGGGGGGUGCGGAACAGCCCCCAGGCCAUGAGGAGGGCGUCCUCGGGAUCGGGGGGUGGGCGGAGUGAUCCGGGCAUGAGCAGGAGCACUAGCAUCGCCUCGCAGAUCUCUAACGGGUCACACCUCUCAUACACGUAAAAGGGGCGUGCACUCAUACACUAGGCCUCUCUCUCUCUCUCUCUCUAAUGGGUCGCACCUGUCCUUCCACGUAAAUGGUCUCUCUAUCCAAGUCACACCUCUCCUCCCGUACGUAAGGGUCUACCUAUCCAAUGGGUCGCACAUGUCCUUAUACGUAAAAGGCCUCCCAUCUUUCCCCAUCUAUGUGUGAGGCCGCUCCCUCUCCCAUGGGCCCCAUCUGUCCCAUAGCAAGGAGGAAGCAAACAAACACCCUCCUUUCUCCCUGUCUCCCUCCCCCCACGCUCACCUCUCUCGCCUCGCUCCCUCUAUCACCUCGCUCUUUCCUCUCACUCCUCUCAUUCUCCUCACCUCUCUCACUCUCCCCUCACCUCUCUCCCUCUCUCCUUCCUCUCUCCCUCUCUCACCUUUCUCCCUCUCUCUCCUCUGCCCUCCUGGUGAUGAGUGGUACCCCUAGUGCCCCACAUGGCUGUGGGGGGCUUGGUAUGAUGGAGACAGAUGGGGGAUGGGGGUGGAGCUUUGCCACAAGAGCUGACUAACUAACAUCACCCCCCUUUUACCUGGCCUUCCCCUCCCUUCCCUUCGGUCGCACUCCUCUUCUGCUAUCUACAUCCAUUUGCUCCUCCUCCUCCCCACUCCUGUCUUCAUGUUGUUUUUUCCCCCCUCUCUCUUUUUUUUGUUCUUGUUAUUUCACCCCACAUAAGGCUGCACUUCUCCCACAUCACUUAUCACGUAAUUUUUUUCUGUUGUUCCUUGUUCACAUGGAAGCAAGUUCAACUUCCUGCUAGUACCAACGGGACUGUUCUGAAUGUUGGAAGGCGUUAGAGUUCUGGUUGUCCGUCCUCCCUCCCUACCUCGCACCCCCACCCCCCCCAUAUCAGGUUGUAGUGAAGUCAUGAUGUCAGCUGGUCAGGCUGCAUGAUAAUGUACAUAUCAGUGAAUGUGAGUGCAGUGCUGAACCAGUUUGCUUAGAGAGGUCAAUGUGAGGGAGAUAUGCUGCAGAUGUGAGGGACUUUCAGGUGAUAGUUUAUAGACAGGGUGAAUGUUUAGGAUAUCGAUUGGGCUUGUUUGACUGUUAAUGUCUGCUCAUGAUCUUAGCUCAUUCGUGGUUUUUAAGCAGAGUUGUCAUUACGUCAAGGCGUAAUGCUGUGGGAUUUUGUUUUUAACAUUACAGCUUAACAAACUUUUUAUUUGGGUACGCUUCCCCGUUUACCAUUGAAGUUUGUUUGCCAUGCAAUUCGCACUGACAGAUGGAGAGGGAUCUUUCCUUUUCCAUUGCGUUGUAGGAUUUACUGAAACGCAACAGUAACAAUUUGAGUGCCAACUCCUAGCUCAGCUGGAAAAAAUGUGCGAAAGGGCUGAUAAUUGAGUUUCAUCUUUUGCAUAUAAUUAGUGUCAAAGAAAUUCCAUUGCGCUGCAUAACUUCACAUGGGAAAGCUACUUCAUGGAACACUCUUUGCUUUUUUUCUACAGAAAGUAUAUUUUAGUAUGAUUUUUUUUUUUUAAAGUAGUUUAAUACGUUUUAAGAUCCGAUUGCAGUGCUGUUAUCCUCCCUUUAUCUCUGUGUCGAGGUGGGGGGGGAGUUACCUCAGUGAGACAUGGGUGUGUCUGUCCCAUCCAAACAAAGUAUACAAAUGAUGUCCGGAUAAGCUCCAGUCAGAUUUGCCAUGUGUCUUUUUUUACAGUAGGCGGUUGUGCCAAGCAAUGGGAAGAAAGUAGGGCAUUUUCUUGUUCCUUUUUUUUAAACUCUCUUUUAAAGGCAUUUUAAAGUUCAAGAUUAAAGUUUAACCAGGCCUUGUCUGUAUGGAA